GUGGAGCGAGGCGGUAACAUGCCAACCGAGCUCCGAGUCGAAAGCUCCGCCUCGGAAGACGACGACGAAGAAGAGGGCGCCGACGCCGGCGCCUCGGACCCCCAUAUUCUAAACUAGCUAGUGUUAUCUUUCUCAAAUUGAAUUGUAUUGCGUUUCCCAUUAUCGCCGACGUAACUCGGGCGCUUCGGGUACACGGGUAUUGUACAUAGUGUUAGGGACCAAUGGCGCUCAGCAACCUCACAGCGCGGGCGGCCGUGGCCGUCGAGGACCUCCUGCUGCUGGCGGACAACGCCACCGCCAACCUCUCCGGCAACGCCACCGUCGCCGUGCCGCACUACCCCAGCGGCUACACGCUGCCGCAGAUCGUCGUCGCCUCCGUCGUCGUCACCAUGCUGAUGGUGGUCGUCGUCGUGGGCAACAUGCUGGUCAUCAUCGCCAUCACCACGGAGAAGGCGCUCAAGAACAUCCAGAACUGGUUCAUCGCCUCGCUGGCCGUGGCCGAUUUCUUCCUGGGGCUGGUGAUCAUGCCUUUCUCGCUGGCCAACGAGCUGAUGGGCUACUGGAUCUUCGGGAUCUGGUGGUGCGACGUGCAUUCGGCCAUGGACGUGCUCCUGAGCACGGCCUCGAUCAUGAACUUGUGUCUGAUUUCGCUGGACCGCUACUGGAGCAUCACUCAGGCGGUGGAGUAUCUGAAGAAGCGCACACCUGUGCGCGCCGUGCUGAUGAUCGCCGCCGUCUGGAUACUGUCCGCCCUUAUUUGCAUCCCUCCGCUGUUAGGCUGGAAGGUGGAACGCACGCCGGACGAACAGUAUCCGAAGUGUCAGCUAAGCGAAGAACUGGGUUACGUGCUGUACUCGGCACUGGGCUCGUUCUACAUCCCAUCAUGCAUAAUGGUGUUCGUGUACAUACGCAUCUACUACGCGGCCAAAGCCCGCGCCCGGCGCGGCAUCCGGAAGCCGCCGCGCCGGCAGCCGCACGACGCCGUCACCAGCUUCACGAACGUGGUGCCGCUGACGAAGAAGGAGAGCGACGACGCGGGGGCGGGCGCCUCCGUCGAUCGCAACAGCAACACGUCGCCGCGGGACGGCGACAGACAAAUCGCCACCAUCGAGGCGAUCCCCUGCCCCAUGCCCAUUCCCACCGUCACGUGUGAUCUAGCAUCCGAUAUAUCAACCAGUGACGCGGGAGAAAUCACCGCCGAGACGCUGGAACAGAAGGAUACGCUCAAGGUGUUCACAAGUGCCCAGGUGUCCCGCAACCCGCUGGCGCAGAGCCAGUUCCGGGGCUCGACGCUGUCCGUGAACGGCGAGCUGCAGCAGCAGGCGGCGGCCAUGGCCCGCAUGCGGCAGCCUUCCAUGGGCAUCGACACAGACAUGGUGAGCGAGUUCGACCCCAGCAGCUCGGACUCGGGUGUAGUGUCCCGGUGCGCGGUGGUGAAACCCCUCAAACUGCGUCUGUGCAAGCCGAUUUUCGGGCGGAAGGCGGGCAAGAGCCGGCGGGCCGGCAAGGACAAGGCCUGCCCCAGCAAGGAACACAUCGUCGAGGAGGUGCCGCGGGUGCAGAAGCCGCGCGACCCCGAACGCGAGAAGCGCCGCAUCGCCCGGAAGAAGGAGAAGCGCGCCACGCUCAUCCUCGGCCUCAUCAUGGGCUCGUUCAUCGCCUGCUGGCUGCCGUUCUUCUUCAUGUACAUCCUCAGACUGGCCUACCACAUUCCGGCCAUCGCCUUCUCCACGGCCUUCUGGCUGGGGUACAUGAACUCGGCGCUCAACCCGGUCAUCUACACCAUCUUCAACAAGGACUUCCGGAGGGCCUUCCGGCGGAUCCUGUUCAAGUGAUGUUUGGCGUACGUGUGCUGCUACGAGUGCGUCAGCCGACGGAUACGCACGGCGCAGUACCGCAGCGCACCGAGCGCCCUCUACCGACGCU